AUGUCGCGGGCGGCGGGCGGCGAGUGCCGCAAGGAAGCGGCGGCCUGGGAGGGAGAGGACGGGCAGUGCGACUCGGGCAUCGAGUCGCUGCGCUCGCUGCCGGGCGGCAAGGAGACCCCCGCCGCCCCCGAGGCCGCCCCUGAGACCCUCACCGAGACCCUCGCCGAGACCACCGCCGCCGCCGAGGAGCGGCUGGACUCCAGCUACGGCUCCGGCGCCCUUCCUGAGGCUCUGCCCGGGCUGCCGGGCGUUCCGGGGAGCCGUCCCGAGGAGCCGUCGCCGCCGGCCGAGGGGCUCAGCCGGCAGCAGCUGGACGCGCUCACCUACCUUUCGGAGGACGGAGACACGUUGGUUCAUCUGGCCAUUAUCCACUGUGUCCCAGCUGUAGCACUCUGCUGCAUUGCUCAGCUACCCAGGGAGGUGCUGGAGAUACAAAAUGAUCUUUUCCAGACCCCGCUCCAUCUUGCUGUGUACCUGGAGCAGCCCCGCGUGAUCCAGGCACUGAUCCACAAGGGAGUGAACCCCGGGCUGCAGGACCGCAAUGGCAACACCCCGCUGCACCUGGCCUGUGAGCAGCAGCACCUGCAGUGCGCCCAGCAGCUGCUGGAGAGCACAGCCCCACCGGAGGGCACAGCUCAGCCCCACAGGCACCACCAGGACCUGCAGCUCCAGAACUGGCAAGGCUUGGCCUGUCUCCACAUCAGCACCUUGAAGGGGAACAUCCCAAUGAUGUCUCUGCUGCUGGAAAGUGGUGCCAACAUCGAUGUUCGGGAGGGCACGAGUGGGAAGACCCCCUUGCACCUGGCUGUGGAGUGCCACAACCGCAAGGCUGUCCAGUUCCUGCUGCGCAACGGGGCGUAUGUGGAUGCCCAGAUGUAUAAUGGUUGCACCCCGCUCCACCUGGCUGUGGGCCGCAAGGAUGCUGCCAUUGCCGCCAUCCUCUCACACUCUGGGGCUGACACUCUGCUGAGGAACAUGGAGAAUGAGACAGCCCAGGACCUGGCUGAUGGCAAUGAUGAUCUCCUCGCCUUGCUGCCCUUCGAUGACCUGAAGAUCUCAGGGAAGCCUGUUGUGUGCUCUGAAUGAGCAACUGGACUCCUUUGGCCCAUUGGGCUGCCUCCUUGCUCCGUGCUGCUGCCUGCUGGAACCUUGCCUGCCUGCAGUUCCGUAGGAGCAGAGUCACUCUGGGAAACUUAUUCCCCUGCCCCUCUGCUCUUUGGAAAAGUUUUGUUGGCCUCAGGCUGCCUUCCCAGACAGAAGAAAGUGGCAUUUUGAGCACUACACAGGGGAGGCUUUUCUUUCAGUAUCUGUACACUGCAGCAGGACUGAAUUUCCCCUCCUGGCCGUGGGCCUGACUUGUGGGGGUCUCCAGCAUAAAAAGGGAAGGAGCAGGAGAGGACUCGUUUUCACACUGAUGGAGCAUCCUCUGGCACCCCCAAACGCCAUCAGAAUAAGUGUGGGGUGAGGAGAGUCUACACUCACUCUAAUAAAUGUUUGUUGUUGCUGUGGGCACCAGAGGUCUCAUGUGAUCUAACCCAUCCUGCACCCCCACAGCAUCAGGAGGCUGAGCAUUACGCCAAGGGCCACGGACAUGAGGGCUGCAGGGGUUUCCCCCAUCUGCCCACUCCCUCGGGUCCUUUGCACCACAGAAGGUGAGUAGGAGCGCAGGGGCUUCCCCACUUGCAGAACCUUUCUACUGCUCAGGGCCAAGACUGGGAGAUCCCAGCCUGGUGCUCUAUUCCCAUGCUGUGCUGUCAGGCUGCAGGGCUGAAGAAAGAUUGUAGGAAAUGCCGGAAGACCAGGUUAUGGAUCCCUGCUUCUGCUGUUGUGCCUGACAUCUUGCUGCUUUACCAUGCUGUGGUUUCCUCUUUCGCAAAGAGGACAAAAGAUCCUGCCCAAUCUCCUGGCUUGAAAGGGUAUUAAAAACUUACAGCAUGGGUCUUCCCUGGGUUUUAGAUUCCCCCAGGCUGAAAGUGGACAAGAUGGCAGUAUUAUCUUCAUGCAACAUCCUUUCUGUUGUUCAGCUCACCACCCUUCUUUGCCCCCUCUCCAGCCAGAGGAGCACGUGUGAUGCACAUGCGAUGCAUUACGAAACCAGCAGCCAAAGGUGCUGUGGGAAUGGAGGCAUGGAGCCUGCCUGACCCCACCUCAGCCGGGGAAAUUCCCCUCUUGUUGCCUGGGAGCAGCUGCUGUUGUUUUGGACAAAUCCUGGAUGACGCAAUUGCCCGAGAUGCUCUGGAGUGAGCCUUUGUCUUCUUCCUCCCUUCGUGUGAGGGAAUGCUGCCACAAAAGCAGCGCAGGCACCCCCCCCGGGCUUCUCUGGAGGGUCUGGUCUCUUCAGCAGCCCUGGGCUGGAUUGCGUUUGUUUUGAAUCUUUACCUCUCACCUUCUGGCAGGGCCUCAACCCUGCUGCAAACCCGUGCGGCUGCUUCAAUGCCACCUUCACAGGGGACAUGAGGCACUCCUGGAUUGCUCAAAGCAGGAAUGACAGGUGCUGCAGGGCAGAGUGGGAUAGUGGGGCCAGGGCUGCAGCUGGGAGCGAAGGAAAAAGGCAGAAGCAAGUGAUGUGCACCUUUUGUUAUUAUAAAAUAAAACCAUUUGUUUUAAAAAGA